AUGAGUCAUCUACUUCGUUCACUGCUUUACUCACUUUUUCUGCUCUCAAUUUUCUUUGGAAAUGGGAAAUUUUUAGCCACCGCAAGAUGUCUUGAUGAACAGAGUUCGUUGCUGCUUCAGUUAAAGGCGAACCUCUCUUUCUCUCUUGGUCUUAUUCCUUCGAAGAUCUCUUCUUGGGACUCAAACACUGAUUGCUGUUCUUGGGAGGGUGUCACCUGCGAUGAUAAUGUCGGCCAUGUUAUUGGUCUCAACCUCAGCAGUGAAUUUAUAUCCGGUGGAAUUGACAAUUCGAGCAGCCUCUUCAGUCUCCGGUACCUCCAGAACUUGAACUUGGCUAUCAACGCCUUCAAUUCCUCUCCGAUUCCAUCUGGGUUUGAUCGGCUUCUCCAUUUGACUACUCUCAAUCUAUCCAAUUCUGGUUUCGGUGGCCAAAUUCCCAUUGAGUUCUCACGGCUCACAAGGUUGGUUUCUCUUGACCUUUCUACCCUAUUCGUUGGAGAACUACCUUUGAAACUUGAACAGCCAGGUCUCAAAGMGCUUAUCCAGAACCUUUCAGAGUUGAGAACUCUGAGUCUUGAUGGAGUAAACAUAUCUGCACCGGGGAGUUACUGGGCCCAAGCAUUAUCUUCCUCAGUUCCGAACCUGCAAGUGCUGGGCUUAUCUAAUUGCCAUCUUUCCGGGCCUCUGGAUUUUUCUCUUUCAAAUCUUCGUUUUCUCUCUGAUAUCCGUCUUGACUUGAAUGAUAUCUCUGCAGAGGUACCGGAAUUCUUUGCAAAUUUCACAAAUUUAACUUCAUUGAGUCUUAGCUCUUGUGGGUUGAGAGGGAAAUUUCCCGAGAAGAUUUUGCAGCUAAGGACUCUACAGACCCUUGACGUAUCAGUCAAUCCCAAACUCGGUGGUUCUUUGCCUGAAUUUCCAAAGGGUGCAUCUUUUAGGAUGUUGAGACUCUCAGGAACGAGUUUCACCAGGGAGUUACCGGAUUCCAUUGGUAAUCUCAAAUUCUUGACCAGCUUAGAGAUUUGGUCGUGCAAUUUCUACGGAGCGAUCCCAGUUUCGUUGGUUAGACUUACCAAACUAGUUUCGUUGGACCUCUCAUCUAACAACUUCAGUGGAACAGUCCCAUGGUUGGGGUUGCCUGAGAAUCUGGCCGAAAUAUUCCUUUACAAUAAUCGUUUAACAGGUUCUAUCCAUUCUGUUCCUUGGAACAGAUUUCUAAAGCUUGAGAAUCUUCACUUGCGAAACAAUUCACUGACUGGAACAAUACCUUCAUCUUUGUUUACACUUCCAUCACUUAAACAGUUACAUCUCGCCCACAACCAAUUUGUCGGUCCACUGAGUGAAUCAUCUAAUGCAUCUUUGUCCCCAUUAGCUGUCCUCGAUUUGAGCAGCAAUAACCUGGAAGGUCCAAUUCCAACAUCAUUUUUUGAACUCCAGAAUCUUGCAACACUUCUACUUUCUUUCAACAACUUCAAUGGGACUGUACAUCUAGAAAAUAUUCAAAAGCUAGGGAACCUUUCGUCCCUUGAUCUCUCCUACAAUAGAUUGUCUGUCAAUACCAGCGUAAGUGAUGCUAGCUUGUCCUCUUUUCCUGAGAUUGGUGUACUGAGUUUGGCUUCUUGCAAUUUAACAGAAUUCCCCAGUUUCCUGAGAAUAAACCAACCAAUAAUAAGAUUUUUGGAUCUUUCUAACAACAAAAUUCAUGGGGUAGUACCCAAUUGGAUUUGGAAUGUUGGUAAUGGGUUACUUGUUCACUUAAAUCUUUCUUGCAACUUCUUGGACCAUCUAGAGGAACCAUUGCCCAAUCCUAAUUACUCCAGUGGUUUGGUCACUAUCGAUCUUCACUCCAACCUGCUUCAAGGGCCACUUCCAAUUCUAUCAUCUUCUGCUGUCUAUUUGGAUUACUCGAAUAACAACUUCACCUCUACCAUCCCAGCCAAUAUCUCUUCUUACCUUUCUUAUACCAUCUUCUUCUCUGUCUCAAACAAUAGACUUCAUGGAGAAAUACCCACAUCAAUAUGCAAUGCUAGCUACCUUCAAGUUCUUGACCUAUCCAAUAACAACUUGAGCCACAUGAUUCCGACUUGUCUUGGUAGCAUCACUUGGACCCUAAGAGUAUUGAACCUAGGGCAUAACAACUUCAAGGGAAGUAUACCUCAGACAUUUCCAGUUGGUUGUGGUCUAAGGACACUUGAUCUCAAUGGGAAUGUGUUAGAAGGGUCAGUUCCUACAACUCUUGGCAACUGCAAAWUGCUAGAGGUUCUGGACCUUGGGAACAAUCAAAUAAACGAUACCUUCCCAUUUUGGUUGGAAAGCUUGCUCCAGCUAAGAGUCCUUAUUCUACGAUCCAACCAUUUCCAUGGACCCAUCAGAAGUACCAAAACUGAUCACACCUUCCCAAGCCUACAAAUCAUUGAUCUGUCCUCCAAUGAUUUUGUGGGCAACUUGUCCUCGGAAAUCUUUUUGAGUUGGAAAGCAAUGACAGUGGAGGGAGAUGAGAUCCAAUCAGAGCACAAGAUAGAGACAGUGAAGUUCAAGUUCCUAGAAUUCUCCCAAGUUUACUAUCAGGACAGUGACGCUAACAAAUAA